GACACACCCCGACUCAUACACACGGACUCACACAGCAUUGACUGUGACACACACACACAGAGGGAGGAGGUCUGCUCUCAAACUCACAGACAUCAGAGUCUCUCCAGCAGACAGACGUCGGAGUUUCCUCCGUUUUCUUCUUCUGUGACGGAACUGCAGCUCCAAAUGACCUUCAUGAUCAGAGAGACCCAGGUCAAAUAUUGGGCGUUUUAUGGACACGGAUAUAACGGGGCAUUCUGGGACCAAAUAUAAAUCCUAAAGGAUCGACGAUGACCUUUCACCCAGCUGAGAGGUCAAAGCAGUUUCAAGAUGAACUCCAGAAGAAAAGAAAAAGCUCAGAGGAACCAACCUGGAUCUGGAUCUGGAUCCAGCUGGGGGUCCAAAAUGAGUAAUGCAUCAAAGGAUUCACCUCCAGUCUUCAAAGUCAUCCGUUCAGGAGAGAAACAGAUCCAAAAGAGAUCUGGAUCUGGAUCCAGUUGUGUAUCCUUCAAGAGUGACGCAUCAAAGGAUUGGGUUCCUGACUUUAGAGCCAGACAUCCUGACAUCCGGUCAGGAGUGAAAUGGAUCCAAACGAGACCUGGAUCUGGAUCCAGUUGUGUAUCCUUCAAGAGUGACGCAUCAAAGGAUUGGGUUCCUGACUUCAGAGCCAGACAUCCUGACAUCCGGUCAGGAGUGAAACAUGUCCUUGGAGAGAAGAAGAGGAGCGGACCCCAGUCUGCAGAAAGACCCAGAGCUGGAGCUUUCUUCUCUGCUCUUUCAGCAGAUGUUGGUCUGCAGGAGAUUUUUGGAGAACAUCAGAUCAGUCUGAGGAGCAGAAGUGAACAUGUGUCUGAAGGAACUGAAGAAGCAGGAAGAGAAACGCUCCUCAACGAGGUCUACACUGAGCUCUACAUCACAGAGGACCUGAGACCAGAGACUAACACCCAACAUGAGGUGAUGCAGCUGGAGACAACCACCAAGACCAACAAGCUCCAUGACACUGCAAUCAAGAACCCAGACAUCUUCAAAGUCUUCCCUGACCAACACAGAUCCAUCAGAGUGGUUCUGACCAGCGGAGUUGCUGGAGCUGGAAAAAGCUUCUCAGUGCAGAAGUUCACUCUGGACUGGGCCGAGGGCUUGGAGAACCAAGACAUCAGUGCUGUGGUUCCUCUUUCCUUCAGGGAGAUGAACUUGAUCAGAGAUGAGCAGCACAGUCUUCUCACUCUGAUCCAGCUUUUCCAUCCAACACUCCAGAAGAUCCCAGCAGAACAGCUGUCUGUCUGCAAACUUCUGUUCAUCUUUGAUGGUCUGGAUGAAAGCAGACUUUCUCUGGACUUCAACAACAGUCAGGUGGUGUCUGAUGUCACCCAGAAGUCCUCAGUCAACGUGCUGCUCACUAACCUCAUCCAGGGACGUCUGCUUCCCUCAGCUCUGGUCUGGAUCACUUCCAGACCUGCAGCAGCCAAUCAGAUCCCUCCUUCAUGUGUGGACAGACUGACAGAAGUACGAGGCUUCAAUGAUGCUCAGAAGGAGGAGUACUUCAGGAGGAGAUUCCCAGAUGAAGAGCUGUCCAGCAGAAUCAUCUCCCACAUCAAGGGCUCCAUGUCCCUCUACAUCAUGUGUGAAGUUCCAGUCUUCUGCUGGAUCACUGCUGUGGUUCUGGAGAACAUGCUGACCACAGAGCAGAGAGGAGAGCUGCCCACCACCCUGACUGACAUGUACUCACACUUCCUGAUGGUCCAGACAAAGAGGAAGAAGAACAAGUACCAGCAGGAACAUCAGACAAGUCCACAAGAGCUGACAGAGACUGACAGGGAAGUUCUUCUGAAGCUGGGGAGGCUGGCAUUUAAACAUCUGGAGAAAGGAAACAUCAUGUUCUACCAAGAAGACCUGCAGCAGUGUGGUCUGGAUGUCACAGAGGCCUCAGUGUACUCUGGAGUUUGUACUGAGAUCUUCAGAAGAGAGUGUGAGAUCUUCCAGAAACCGGUCUACAGCUUUGUUCAUCUGAGCGUUCAGGAGUUUCUGGCUGCAGUCUACGUGUUCCACUGUUACUCCAACAGGAAGGUAGAGGUCAUUGAGGACUUCCUGAAGAACAACGUGGAGAACCCAUCCCUGGAUGAGUUUCUGAGUAGAGUCAUGGAGAAAUCCCUGCAGAGUCAAACUGGACACCUGGACCUGCUUGUUCGCUUCCUUCAUGGUCUCUCUGUGGAGUCCAACCAGAGACUCUUAGGAGGUCUGCUGGGUCAAACAGAGAAGAAUCCAGAAACCAUCCAGAGAGCCAUCAACAACCUGAAGGAGAUCAGCAGUGAAGGAGUCUCUCCUGACAGAAGCAUCAACAUCUAUCACUGUCUGAUGGAGAUGAAGGAUCUCUCAGUUCAUCAGGAGAUCCAAGAGUUCCUGAAGUCAGAGAAAAAAUCAGAGAAGAAACUCUCAGAGAUCCACUGCUCAGCUCUGGCCUACACUCUGCAGAUGUCAGAGGAGAUUCUGGAUCAGCUGGACCUGGACCAGUACAACACAUCAGAUGAGGGUAAACGGAGACUGAUCCCAGCUGUGAGGAACUGCAGAAAGUUCAGAAUUCCAUCACCAUGUGGACUCUCAGAGACUGACUAUGAAAUUGUGGCCUCAGCUCUGAAGUCCAACCCGUCCCACCUGACAGAACUGGUCCUGAGCUAUAAUAAGAUCCAGGAUUCAUCCCUGAAGGUUCUGUGUUCUGGACUGGAGAGUCCAAACUGCAGACUGCAGACUCUGAGGUUAAGGAACUGCAGUUUGUCAGAGAUCAGCAGUGAAGCUUUGGUCACAGCUCUGAAGUCCAACCCAUCCAAUCUGACAGAACUGGACCUGAGCUGCAACAUAAAUUUUCAGGAUUCAGGAGUUCUUCAUCUGUGUGGAUUUCUGGAGAGUCUAGACUGCAGACUGCAGACUCUGAGGUUGGAGAACUGCAGUUUGUCAGAUAUCAGCUGUGUAGGUCUGGUCUCAUCUCUGAAGAAAAACCCGUCCAAUCUGACAGAACUGGACCUGAGCGCAAACAGAGACCUGCAGGAUUCAGGAGUUGUUCAUCUUUGUGGUUUUCUGGAGAGUCCAGACUGCAGACUGCAGACUCUGAGGUUGUGGGACUGCAGUUUGUCAAAGAUCAGCUGUGAUGCUCUGGCUGCAGCUCUGAAGUCCAACCCGUCCCACCUGACAGAACUGGAUCUGAGGUUGAACAACCUUCAGUCUUCAGAUGUUCAUCAGCUCCAGGAUCUGGUGGAGAGUUCAGACUCCAAACUGCAGACUCUGAGGUUGGAGGACUGGUCAGUCUGAUGUUCCUCCUUUUGGAUCAGAGAGGAGCAGCAGCAGCAGCUGAUCUGCAGAGAUGUGGUGGCCAGAAGGUGGAGAGCAGAGUGAUGGUUCAGAGUGAUGGUUCAGAAUGAUGGUUCUGAGUGAUGGUUCUGAGUGAUGGUUCUGAGUGAUGGUUCUGAGUGAUGGUUCAGAGUGAUGGUUCUGAGUGAUGGUUCUGAGUGAUGGUUCAGAGUGAUGGUUCAGAGUGAUGGUUCAGACUGAUGGUUCAGAGCUGCAGCAUGAACCGGGAGCUUCUCUUAACUUUGUCCUCACGCGUUUGCUGUAGCUGCUGAUGUCCUCCUCCCUUUCAGCUGAAGACUGUUUCCCAGUAAUCUUCAUGAAGGAGCAUCUGUGGGCGUCAGUUGUGAUCAUUUCUGCACUAAAGGCAGACAAGCCAACGAGUAUCGUGUUUUCACACUCAAAUUUGAGGCUCUCCUCGUCCAUCAGAUAAGCUACAGCAUGAUGGACACAAGCUAACAUGGCGCUAAUGUUACCUUGCACUUUCAGAGAUUGUCGCAGUUUGAAAUCAUUUCAAAUAACUUGUAUCUCUAAUUUCUUUCAUUUCCUGUCACUGUUUUUCUUUAAUAUAUUUGGGUCAAUAAAAAACACUUUUUUUAACUGCA